UCACUCAGUCACUCUCUCCACCUUUCAAUCGGUUCCUCCGAUGGAGGCUCUGGUGGGACUCAAUCCGUCAAUAACAACCAGAACGCAACUCCUCCAGAGACGACGUCGUAUCCGUCGUGAUUUCCAGGUACUAGCGGUGGCGAGAGCAAGCAGAGCAGUAGAAAUGGGUGGAGGAACCGGAGGAGGACCGGAGCUGUUGGUGGAGCAGGCCGGCGGGAAGAGGGUGGUGGAGCUGGUGGGGGCAUUCAACGAGCUGACGGACACCAUGAAGAACGCGCUCCACUCCUCCCAAACCCAAACCCUCCUCUUCAAAUCCCUCAAGCUGUCCAUCCCCAUCUUGCACUCCCUGCCUCACUCCCCCGACGGCCGCUCUCCCCUCUCCAAGGCUCUCUCCCUCGCCCUCCUCCUCGCCCAUCUCCAGAUGGAUGCGGAGGUUAUUUCGGCCGGCAUACUCAGGCAAGUCCUGGAGGCGGGUGCGGUGUCGAUUUUUGAGGUGAGAGAUCGGAUCAGUACCGGCACUGCUCAUCUAUUGCAUGAGAGCCUGCGCGUCAAGAACAUGUCUUCCAAAAUCGAAAUAUUGGACGAUGACAGCGCCGCUGCUUUGAGAAAGUUCUGCCUCACCUUCUAUGAUAUCAGGGCUGUCAUUCUAGACUUGGCUCUCAAGCUCGAUGCCAUGAGACAUCUUGAUUACCUGCCCAGAUACCAGCAGCAAAUUCUCUCUCUCGAGGUUAUGAAGAUCCACGCGCCUCUGGCUCAUGCCAUGGGAGCCAACUUCUUGUCCUUGGAGCUGGAGGAUCUCUGUUUCCGCUACUUGUUUCCUUGUUCGUAUCUCUCUAUCGAUACGUGGUUACGAGGUUACGAGACGGGUGGGAGUUCUCUGAUUGAUGUGUACAAGGACCUGCUUCUUGAAGCGUUGAGGAGCGAUUCCGUGCUGGCGGACAUGGUGGAGGAUGUCUUCGUCAAAGGUCGGUAUAAGAGUCGUUAUAGUACGAUGAAGAAGCUGUUGAGAGAUGGUCGGAAGGCUGAAGAGGUUAAUGAUGUUCUGGGUUUGCGAGUGAUAUUGAAGCCCAGGUCAGUAGAUGUUGGGGAGAGAGCGUGCUACAGGGUACAAGAAAUCGUGCGGUCUUUGUGGGAAGAGAUGCCCCACCGGACGAAAGACUACAUUGCCAAGCCCAAAGCCAAUGGAUACAGGAGUUUACACAUGGCGGCGAAUGUGAGUGAGAAUGGCAGGGCUAGACCGCUCAUGGAAAUACAGAUACGGACGACGGAGAUGGACAUGUUGGCAGAUGGUGGAACGGCGUCCCAUUCAUUGUACAAGGGUGGUCUUACUGAUCCAGAAGAGGCUGAGCGGCUCAAGGCCAUAGUGAUGGCUGCAGCUGAACUUGCAGCAUUGCGCCUAAAAGAUCUUCCAUCCACAAAUCAUAAAGGUAUUGAGGUUGACCAGAGAGAUCGAGUAUUCCACCUUCUUGACAAGAAUGGAGACGGUAGGAUCAGCAUUGAGGAACUUAUGGAAGUGAUGGAAGAGCUUGGAGCCCCUGGUGAAGAUGCCCGUGAGAUGAUGCAGCUUCUUGAUUCAAAUAGUGAUGGUUCGCUAAGUUCUGAUGAAUUUGAUUUGUUUCAGACACAGGUCGAACUUAUGCGUAAUUUAGAUCACAAAGAUGAUGAAUAUAAGACCAUGUUAAAUGAGAAGCUUCAAAUGGAUGACCACAGUGGGUUAAUUCAGGUAUAUAGUAAAGAGCUUGGCAACAGGCUUGCAAAGUAGAUCUGCUUGCAAACAGGCCAAAGGGUUUACUUAUAAUUACCAUAUUUAACGUUGAAAAUAUUGUUUGCACUGUACAUAGUGGAAUUUCCAUGUAAUGUAACAUUGUUACAAGGGCCAAUGAUGGACCUGCUAUAGUCAUAUGUAAAAUGAAAUCCAACUUCCCACGUUAUAAAUGAUAAGGUAGAUCUUAAGCA